AUGAAUGCCGUAGAAGACACAAAGGAGCGGGGCAUCAGAAUUGCCAUUGAUCGCGGCGGUACAUUUACCGACUGCGUGGGUGAGCAAGAUGGCAAGGAGAUUAUCAUCAAGCUCCUCUCCGAGGACCCUGCCAACUACAAAGAUGCGCCGCUCGAGGGCAUCCGGCGCAUAAUGUCCCAUUUCCUCGGGCGCGAGAUCCCCCGUGGAGAAGCUCUGGACACGUCGCAAAUCGAUUCUAUCCGGAUGGGCACGACCGUCGCGACCAAUGCGCUGCUCGAACGCAAGGGAGAGAAGAUCGCCAUGGUUGUCACAGAAGGUUUCAAGGACUGCUUGACGAUCGGAAACCAGAGCAGGCCGAAGAUCUUUGACUUGGCCAUCCGGAAACCGGACGUGCUCUAUGAGACCGUGGUUGAGAUCCAGGAGCGGGUCACACUGGAGGACUAUGCAGAGGACCCUGAGAGGAGAACCUCGGAGCCAGAGGCCCAAGUGGGCACGCAGGAAGCUGCUGGUAAGACACUGGUGAGGGGCCUUUCCGGGGAGACUGUUCGCAUCCUCAAGCGUGCCGAUGAGGAUGAGGUGCGGAGAAAGCUCAAGAUCGUAUAUGAUCAGGGAAUCCGUAGCAUUGCUGUGUGCUUGCUCCACGGGUACACAUAUCCCGACCACGAGGCCUUGAUCGGCCGCGUGGCAAGGGAGGUUGGAUUCUCAAACAUUUCACUCAGCCAUGAACUGAUGCCGAUGAUCAAGCUUGUUCCCCGAGCUACUUCAGUUUGCGCUGAUGCAUACCUGACACCUGCAAUCAAGAAGUACAUUGAUGGAUUUUCAGCAGGCUUCGAGGGUGGGCUGGGAACACGAAGCGUCAAGGAAGAGAGGGGCGCAAAGGGCGCCAGAUGUGAGUUCAUGCAGAGUGACGGUGGUCUGGUUGACGUUGAGAAGUUCACUGGCCUCAAGGCGAUUUUGUCUGGCCCAGCUGGCGGCGUGGUCGGUUAUGCCACCACAUCUUAUGACCACAACACCAAGAUUCCUGUCAUUGGUUUUGACAUGGGCGGAACAAGCACAGACGUGUCUCGCUACGGCGAAGGUCGUUACGAGCAUGUUUUUGAGACCACGACCGCAGGGAUUUCCAUCCAGGCUCCCCAGCUGGACAUCAACACCGUCGCUGCAGGUGGCGGCUCCAGGCUUUUCUGGCGCAACGGCCUCUUUGUGGUCGGCCCCGAGUCGGCCGGGGCACACCCGGGACCAGCAUGCUAUCGAAAGGGCGGCCCGGCGACCGUGACUGACGCGAACCUGUAUCUCGGGCGUCUUCUCCCCGAGUUCUUCCCAAAGAUCUUUGGCGAAAAUGAAGACCAGGGCCUUGAUCCUGAAGCAAGCCAGCGGGUUCUCCAGGAGCUCGCCGACCAGGUUAACGAGGAAACCGGCAAGAAUCUCUCGGUGGAUGAAGUGGCUCACGGAUUCCUCACCGUGGCUAACGAGACGAUGACGAGGCCUAUCCGCUCCAUCACCGAGGCGAAGGGCCACGACUCCUCGAAGCAUCGUCUGGCGACGUUUGGCGGUGCGGGCGGCCAGCACGCCGUUGCCAUUGCCGAGUCUCUCGGUAUUCGGCAGAUCCUGGUCCACCGAUAUUCUUCUGUUCUCUCUGCCUACGGAAUGGCUCUGGCUGAUGUGGUGGACGAACGGCAGGAGCCGGACUCGAACACCUGGGAAGAUAGUGGCAAGGUGGUGGAUGAGCUCAAAGAAAGAAUGCGGAAGCUCAAGGAAAAGUCGAGAGAGAGUCUGGCUGAUCAGGGGUUCAACGACAAUGAGAUUGGGUUUGAGGAGUACCUCAACAUGCGCUAUCGCGGAACAGAAUCGGCACUCAUGAUAAUCAAACCCUCCGAGGAGGAAGCCAAGAAAUAUUUUGACGGCAACGACUGGUCGUUUGGGCAGGCAUUUGUCAGGCAGCAUCAAUACGAGUUUGGCUUCACUCUGGACGAGCGGGACAUCAUUGUGGACGAUAUCAGAGUCCGAGGAAUCGGAAAGAGCUUCAGGCACAAGGAAAAGACGGUAGACGAGCAACUGAAGGUAAUUAAGAAGCAGGAUGUGGCUGAAAGCAAGAAACAUGGAAGCCAACAGGUCUAUUUUGGAGAGGGUAGACUUGACACACCGAUAUUCAAAUUGGAGAAUUUGGAUGUUGGUGAUGUGGUGAAAGGACCGGCCAUACUCGCAGAUGGAACGCAAACCAUUGUCGUCACACCAAAGUCACAAGCCAGCCUCCAAGAAACUCAUGUCAUUAUCGAUUUGGAAUACAGCAACUCGAAGGAAUCGUCGCAAAUUGGAGUAGAGAACAGGGAGGUCGACCCUAUCAUGCUCAGUAUCUUCGGGCAUAGAUUCAUGAGCAUUGCGGAGCAAAUGGGAAACGCCCUACAGAAGACCAGCGUGAGCACGAACGUAAAGGAGCGUCUUGACUUUUCCUGUGCCAUCUUUGAUGCUACGGGUGGGCUGGUCGCCAACGCACCUCAUCUGCCCGUCCACCUCGGCUCAAUGUCCACAUUUGUCCGUUGCCAGGCCGAGAUUUGGAAGGGGAAACUGAACAAGGGAGACGUCAUCAUUUCCAAUCAUCCAUCUUACGGUGGCACACAUCUUCCGGACGUAACAUUGAUGAUGCCGGCCUUUGAUUCUAAGGGGAAGGAUAUCCUUUUUUACGCGGCAUCUCGGGCCCAUCAUGCCGAUAUUGGUGGUAUCAGCGCUGGUAGCAUGCCACCUCAUUCGAGGGAGCUGUUUCAAGAGGGAGCAUCGAUCCGGAGCGAAAAGCUGGUCAGCGGAGGAAAGUUUGAUGAGAAGCGCGUCAUCGAGCUGUUCUACGAUGAGCCGGCUAGGUAUCCUGGUUGCAGCGGUACUCGUACCCUUGCGGAUAACAUCAACGACCUCAGAGCUCAAGUGUCAGCCAACCAAAAGGGAAUCUCGCUCAUUGAGACUCUGAUUGAAGAGUACGGACAAGAGACUGUUCAAUUUUACAUGGUGAACAUCCAGAAGAACGCAGAGCUUUGCGUCCGAAGGCUGCUCAAGGAAGUAAGUGAGCGGUUCGAAGGCAAAGAUCUCUCGGCAGUCGACUACAUGGAUGACGGUAGUCCUAUCAGGCUCAAAGUCAAGAUUGACCGUGAAAAGGGCGAGGCCGAGUUUGAUUUCGAGGGGACGGGGCCUGAGGUCUAUGGAAAUAUAAACGCCCCGCAGGCGAUCACAUAUAGCGCCAUCAUAUACUGUCUACGGUGCCUCAUAUCGGAGGAUAUCCCGUUGAACCAAGGAUGUUUGAAGCCGAUCCAUGUCAGGAUCCCUCCAAAAUCGAUACUUUCUCCCUCGCCCGGCGCAGCGGUCGUGGGCGGCAACGUGCUCACCAGCCAGCGAAUCACAGACGUGAUCCUCAAGGCGUUUGAAGCUUGUGCCGCGAGCCAGGGAUGCUGUAACAACCUCACCUUUGGAUUUGGCGGGAACCAGUCUGGGCAGGAUGCCGUAAAGGGGUUUGGAUACUACGAGACAAUUGCAGGCGGCAGCGGCGCCGGACCAACCUGGGUUGGGACCGACGGCGUGCACGUUCACAUGACCAACACCAGAAUCACCGAUUCCGAGAUCUUUGAGCGUCGCUAUCCUGUGCUGCUUCGCGAGUUUUCCAUCCGGGAAGGGUCCGGCGGCAAAGGUCAACACCGGGGCGGACACGGCGUGAUCCGGGAUAUUGAAUUCCGCAUCCCACUACAAGUCUCUAUUCUUAGCGAAAGACGAGUAUAUCAUCCUUACGGCCUCAAGGGAGGUGAGGAUGGCGAGUGUGGUCUGAAUCUGUGGAUUAGAAAUGUAGAGAAGGCUGUCAGCUGGGAGGAGUCGAUAAAGGAGUUCCAUGAAGGUGGUGAUCAUUCUCGUGAGAAGGUUUUCGAGGAGCGACACAUCAAUAUGGGAGCCAAGAAUAGUGCUGCGAUGAAGGCGGGGGAGAGAAUCCGUAUAUUGACACCAGGAGGCGGUGGAUUUGGGCCUAUUGGCAAGGAGAGCGUCGCUACGAAAAGGCGAGACGAGACGGAAGGGUGGAAGAAGGGCAGUGGAGCUUCGAGAGACGAGGCCGCUCUUCAAGCGUAA